UUCAUGGAAAAAAUAUGAGAAGCCGAACUUCAUAAUUUACGUAAAAGUUAAAUUUUCAUGAAAAUAUUGGGGAUAAAUACCAAAACACUUGAAAAAGAAGUAGUUUUAAAAUCGGGACCAAAGUGUAGUUAAAUGAAAUUUUAAUCUUGAGUUCGUUAUGGGAAAGGAACGGGAAAAAAGAAAUAGACGGUCACGUUCCAAAAGUAAAGAAAAAUCGCACAAACGACAGAGGUCCAGAUCAAGAGAAAGGUAUGAAAAUAAUAAAUAUGACCGAAGAGAUAAACUGUAUGAUAGGCGAGACGAUAGGCAAGACAGACGGGAUGAUCGAUAUGACAGGACUGAGAAAGAAAAAUAUUCUGAUCGAGACUCUAGAGAAAAUAAAAAAGAAGAUAGAGAUAGGAAACCUAAAGAAAUUAAAAAAUCUUUAGAGGAAGAGGAAAAAUUAACCGAUACUAAAGCUGACAUAAAACUUAAGGUUCCUCUUAAGAAGGAGCCACUGUCUCUUGAAGAGUUGCUGGCAAAAAAGAAAGCAGAAGAAGCUGCAAAAAGCAAGCCUAUAUUCCUAACGAAAGAACAACGUGUAGCUGAAGCUUUGAAACGUAGACAAGAAGAAGUCGAUAAGCAAAGAAAACUUCAGGAAGAAGAAAGGAAAAUUUUGCAUAAUAUCCACACAUCCAGAGUACAGGAAGAGAAAAAAGAUGAUAGAGAUAGAGAUAGGAGGAAUAGGGAAAGAGAAAGGGAUGAUGAAAAGCAAAAGGAUAAAGACAAAGAAAAGGAACAAGAAGCAAUUAAAGAACGUUACUUGGGUUUAAUAAAGAAGAAACGAAGAGUAAGACGACUUAAUGAUAGGAAAUUUGUAUUUGAUUGGGAUGCUGGAGAGGAUACAUCAUUGGAUUAUAAUCCAUUAUAUAAAGAAAAACAUCAGAUACAAUUUUUUGGCAGAGGUAAUUUGGCAGGUAUAGACAUUAAAGCACAGAAGCGCGAUCAAAGUAAAUUUUAUGGAGAAUUGUUAGAAAAGAGGAGAACAGAAGCUGAAAAGGCUCAAGAGAAAGUUAGACUUAAGAAGGUCCGGAGAAAAGAAGAAAAACAGUUAUGGGAUGAUCGCCACUGGUCUGAAAAAGAAAAAGAUGAAAUGACUGAGAGAGAUUGGCGUAUAUUUAGAGAAGAUUAUAACAUUACCAUUAAGGGUGGUAAGAUUCCCGAACCUAUUCGUGUCUGGAAAGAAUCUGGGAUCCAGAAAGAGUUGCUAGAAAUAAUUGAUAAAGUUGGUUAUAAAGAUCCCACACCCAUUCAGAGGCAAGCCAUACCCAUUGGCAUGCAAAAUCGUGAUAUCAUUGGGGUUGCAGAAACAGGAUCUGGUAAAACAUUGGCCUUUCUUAUACCACUACUGUCAUGGAUUCAAUCAUUGCCUAAAAUUGAAAGGACAGAAGAUGCUGAUCAGGGACCUUAUGCCAUAAUCUUGGCACCAACUCGUGAACUGGCUCAACAAAUUGAAGAAGAAACUGUAAAAUUUGGUCAGCCUUUAGGUAUUAGAACUGUUGUGGUAGUAGGAGGUUUGAGUAGAGAGGAACAGGGCUUCAGACUAAGAAUGGGUUGUGAAAUUGUUAUUGCCACACCAGGUCGUUUAAUUGAUGUAUUGGACAAUCGCUAUCUCGUGCUGAACCAGUGUACUUACAUUGUAUUGGAUGAAGCUGAUCGUAUGAUUGAUUUAGGGUUUGAACCUGAUGUUCAAAAAAUUCUUGAAUACAUGCCUGUCACAAAUUUAAAACCAGACACAGAAGAAGCUGAAGAUACAAAAGUAUUGUUGGCCAAUUACAAUAGCAAAAAAAAAUAUCGACAGACUGUCAUGUUUACUGCUACUAUGCCUCCCGCAGUAGAAAGAUUGGCAAGGACCUACCUAAGAAGGCCAGCUGUGGUAUACAUUGGAUCCAUUGGUAAACCCACAGAAAGAGUAGAACAAAUUGUACACAUAUUAGGCGAGAAUGAUAAAAGACGGAAACUUAUGGAAUACCUUUCAAAAGGAUUUGAUCCCCCAAUUAUUAUUUUCGUUAACCAAAAGAAGGGUGCUGAUGUUCUUGCUAAAGGUCUGGAGAAACUUAGUUACAAUGCUUGCACACUUCACGGUGGCAAAGGUCAAGAACAAAGAGAAUAUGCAUUGGCAAGUCUAAAGUCUGGCGCAAAGGACAUUUUGGUUGCCACUGAUGUUGCAGGGAGAGGUAUCGACAUCAAAGACGUUUCCAUGGUCAUCAAUUAUGAUAUGGCCAAAACAAUUGAAGAUUAUACUCAUCGUAUCGGGCGAACCGGUCGCGCUGGUAAAACUGGUGUGGCAGUCAGCUUCUGCACGAAUGAUGAUUCAGCAUUGUUCUAUGACCUUAAGCAGAUGCUGAUAUCGUCGCCGGUAUCUAAUUGCCCACCGGAAUUGAUGAAUCACCCAGAAUGUCAGCUGAAACCGAACCAGCCCAAACGCAGGAGAGAUGAAAUGAUUUUUGCUUAAGAGAACUGUUUUGUGUAUUAAUAUAACAUAUAACUUCAAUAGAAAGUUGCUCCAAUUUUUCAGACAAGUUGGAUAUUUGACCUGGAAUUUAGAAACAAUACAGCUGGCAACACAUCGCAGAUGGGAUGUUGCCUAGAUUAGACAGCUAUUUUUUGAUGGCGCCCCUGGAUUCUGAUAUGGAAUUUGUUUGAAAAAAUGUGGGUGGACCAGAUAUUCAUUACACCCUCUGCCUGUUG